AUGGGAGACCCCAGCCGGCUCCCGGAGACGGCCUGCCGCGCGUGGGCGGGGCCUGCCGCGCGUGGGCGGGGCCUGCCGCGCGUGGGCGGGGCCUGCCGCGCGUGGGCGGGGCCUGCCGCGCGUGGGCGGGGCUCGAGCGGAGUCUGCCCCCCGCGUGGGCGGGGCCGAGCGCGCGCGCUGCGCGCGACGGCGGUUGCCAGGGUGAAAGGUCAGCGCGCCGGCGACACUUCCAACAUGGCGGCGGCGCGCAGCCCGGGAGGCCGAGCGGGGCCCGUGCCCCGAGCCUGGCGCCCGGCCCCGCCGCGGGCCCGGCUGCCGCGGCUGCUCGUGCUGCUGGCGGCGGCGACGGCGGGGCCGGGCGGCGGCGGCGCGGCGCGGCUGUACCGCGCGGGCGAGGACGCCGUGUGGGUGCUGGACAGCGGCAGCGUGCGCGGGGCCACCGCCAACAGCUCGGCCGCGUGGCUCCUGCAGUUCUACUCGUCGUGGUGCGGCCACUGCAUCGGCUACGCGCCCACCUGGCGGGCCCUGGCCGCGGACGUGCGAGACUGGGCCCCCGCCAUCCGCGUGGCUGCUCUGGACUGUGCGGAGGAGAAGAACCAGGACGUGUGCCGCGCCUACGACGUCCACUUCUACCCCACCUUCCGGUAUUUUAAAGCAUUUACAAAGGAGUUUACAACUGGAGAAAAUUUUAAAGGACCCAACAGAGAGCUGCAGACGGUCAGACACACGAUGAUCGACUUCCUGCAGAACCACACAGAGGGGAGCUGGCCUCCGGCGUGCCCGCCUCUGGACCCAGUUCCGCCCAGUGACAUUCUCUCUCUCAUUGACAACCGUGGUGGCCGUUAUGUGGCUAUUUUGUUUGAAAGCAACAGCUCCUACCUUGGACGAGAGGUGAUUUUAGACUUGAUUCCGUAUGAAAACAUCAUGGUGACCAGAGCACUGGAUGGGGAGAAAGCACUUCUGCAGAAACUUGGUGUUUCUUCUGUUCCUUCCUGUUACUUGAUUCACCCGAAUGGGUCACAUGGAUUAAUUAACAUCGUGAAGCCUCUCCGAUCGUUCUUUUCCUCGUAUUUGAAGUCACUGCCAGAUGUGAGGAAAAAGUCCCUUUUCUUGCCGGAAAAGCCAAACAAAGAAGAAAAUUCUGAAACGGUAGUUUGGAGAGAAUUUGACAAGUCCAAGCUGUACACGGCUGACCUGGAGUCGGGCCUGCACUACCUGCUGAGGGUGGAGCUGGCGGCCCACAAGUCUCUGGCGGGAGCGGAGCUGAAGACACUCAAGGACUUUGUCACUGUCGUCGCCAGGCUGUUUCCAGGCCGACCGCCGGUCAGGAAGCUGCUGGAGAUGCUGCAGGAGUGGCUGGCCAACCUCCCCCUGGACAAGAUCCCUUACAACGCUGUGCUCGACCUGGUCAACAACAAGAUGCGGAUUUCUGGAAUAUUCCUUCCUAAUCACAUAAAGUGGGUUGGAUGUCAAGGAAGCCGACCUGAGUGGAGGGGCUACCCAUGUUCACUCUGGAAAUUGUUCCACACUUUGACCGUUCAAGCCUCGACCCACCCCAAAGCCCUGGCUGGCACAGGCUUUGAGGACGACCCCCAGGCCGUGCUGCAGGCUGUGCGCAGGUACGUGCGCACCUUCUUUGGCUGCCGGGAGUGCGGGGAGCACUUCGAGGAGAUGGCCACGGAGUCCCUGGACUCGGUGAAGACCCCGGACCAGGCAGUUCUCUGGCUUUGGAAGAAGCACAACGUCGUCAACGGCCGCCUGGCAGGCCAUCUGAGUGAGGAUCCCAAGUUUCCAAAGGUUCCGUGGCCCACUCCAGACCUCUGCCCUGCCUGCCAUGAGGAAAUUAAGGGCCUGGACAGCUGGGAUGAAGGCCACGUGCUCACAUUCCUGAAGAGGCACUACAGCCGCAGCAACCUCGUGGACACGUACUCUGUGGACCAGGGAGACCCUGGUGCAGGGGGAGCCCCGGCCAGGGGUGAGGAGGAGGAGGAAGGACUCACCCCCCCAGAGAAGGCCCAUAGAGACCACGAUCCCAAGAGCCUUCCUCCGCCCAGUGUGCAGGGUCCCGGACUCCACCUGUCCAAGAGCCUGCACCACAGGCUGGACAUAAAACUCCGGAACCCGCAUGCAUCCGGCGUCCACAAGGAAGCCGAGGCAGCCGUGCCCUUCCUCGGGGUCGGCUUCUCCAGCCUGGACAUGAGUCUCUGCGUCGUGCUGUACGUGGCCUCAUCCUUGUUCCUCAUGGUGAUGUACUUUUUCUUCCGUGUGAGGUCCAAGCGCUGGAAAGUCAAGCACUACCACCCGGCCGUGUAGUGUGUCCCCCAGCAGCGCCAGCAAGGUGGUGGGUACACCUUUGGGAACAGCCCGCCCCGCGCUGCCUGCAGCUCUAACAUUCGUGAUCAGGGAUCUUACACACACGCCGGACCUGGCUUCGCAUCAGACGGCGCCUCUCGGCUUCCGAGCCCGCGUUUUGCAGACGCUCCUCCAGAGAGAGGAGGACUGUGGGUGUUCUUGUGUGAAUAUUUGCAUUCCUGGUAUGGUCUGCCCUUUGUGGAUCCCACGGCAGAAAGACUCCUGUGUUUCCACUUUCCCAGAUGUCAGACAGAGGGCGGGAGUCCAGGCCCGACGGUGUCCCCAUGGGCUUGGCUGGACUGACCCGUCAAGGCCUCGCUCUUGCAUUUGGGGAAAAGCCUACCUCCCCCACCCAGGCUGCCCUUGGUGACAGAACAGAGCCGGGAGCACUGUGGCCUCUCCAGACACUCUCUGUGCCCCAGCCCCUUGGAGCAAGCAUGGUCCUCAGUGACUUGCCUGUGCCAUGUGCUUUUCAGCUGCUUGGUGGCUUCUGCUUCAGCAAGGGGACACUCUGGGGGGCUUGCGGAGCUCAGAGCCAGAGAGGAAGGUGUGUUAGUCCCCCGCGUUGUGCAGGUGGCUUUCACUCAAAGGGAGACCUGACUGCCAGGCCAGGAGGAGCCAGUGAGUUUGUGGCUUUGCUGCGUUUCAGGAAAUAACCCCAGAGGCCUUAUGGACUGGACUUAGGGUGAGCAUGGUGGCCCAUUUUAUUCCUCAAAGGCCAUGCCUUUGUUUGCUGAUCUGGUGACAGAGAGAGGAGCAGAUGAGGGCCCUCCCGGGGGGCAGAGCUGAGGCAGAGGCCACGGGAGGGUGGUGGGGAGUGGUCUGCUCUGCUGUGGCCUUUGUUGGCCGCUCUUCAUCUGUCACCCUGGGAGGGACCUGCAGGUCCUGCGGCCGCACAUGCCUCCCUCUGGGCGCUGUGCUCUGUGCCCGGCUUUGCUCACGGAAGCUGUUUGGGGACGGUCUCCACACGGGCACCAGCCUCCUGGGCUUGGACCAUGUUUUUUUUACCAUUUAAUUUAAACAUGUUUUAAACCCAAAACAUUUAGUGGUGAAUUUGCCUCUGAGGACUCAAACAAACAAAACAAAUAUACUAUUUCUGGGAACAUUUGUACUGAGAUCUCUGUGGCUGUUGGUUUGUCUCACAAGCUUCAUUUUAUUUGGGUAAAAUAGGCUCAGAUUUAUUUGUGUACCCGUCUGUGUGUGUGUGAGAGACAGAGACUGUGAGAGUUGGAGAUGUUUUUUCCACUUUGCUACUUUGUAUCUUAUGCUCACGUUUCCUGACUACAGUUGAUCGUGGGGGUGUGUUUAUAAGACGCUGUAUCGCUGAUGUUACUGUUGCCGCUGGAGAACAGCCGUCGGCGUGAGGUCGUGAGGUCGCAGAGAGAACCACCUGGAAGCCGUGCAGCUGGCGGGAGGGAGGGGCCUGAUGCCUGGCGGAGCUCUGACCCCCCUGUUUCACUUCUGCUGCUAGAGUUUCUUCUUGUCUGACACUUUUCAACCCCAGAAGCCUCUGAAUGUCAGCACGAGCUUGUCUUCGUCGCUAGUUGUGCACCUUGAAUAUUGAAGUCCCGUGUUGUUUCUCUUUCAGCUUGAAGCCAGGCAGGCUCACACGGUUGAAAGGGAAAUGCUUGGAGCCCUUAAUUAAACUGUGUUUUGGGUGGUGUCAAAUGCCUUUUUCUCCCUCAAGUUAGUUUCUCUACCGGUAUGAGCUGGGAGUCUGCAGGCUGCAUCCUGGCUUCGGGUUUACAGAGCCGCCCGGAGGGCAGCGCUGGCCACCAGCUUCCACAGUCAGAUUGCAGUUGGAGCUCCCCACUGCCUGGGACAAGCUGGCUGCUUCCUGAGAGGAAGGGUGGCGCUGAGCCGCCAUGGGGGGGCACCGAGGUGGCCGUGGGGACUGUGUAGACGUGGGGACUGUGUAGACACCGCCUCUACCCCACACGGUCUGCUCAGGUCUGAGGUCUAUUUUCUAAAGUUUAAAGUAUUUUCAGAGGUAUUGAGACUACUGAAAAUAAUAGUUCAGUAAUUUAAAUGUUUAUUUAUUUUUAAUGGAAGGAUUUUGAUCAAAAAGAAGCUAGUUGACAUGGAAAUGUCUGAAAUUUCUUACCUGCAAGGAAAUUGAACAUUUUGUAUUGUGCACAUUUUAAGAAUAAAGAAACAUGACAUUUGAAAAAAA